AUGUCAAACGAGUGGGGAAACGAUUGGAAUACGGAACAAUGGAAUACCGGAUAUACGCAACCAGCGCAACAACAAAAUUAUGAGUAAGUAGGAGAUUUUUUGAGAGGAAAUGAAAUUUUAUGGGUUUUCAGCACGAAUUAUGGGUAUUCUCAACCUGCGGCUCCACAACAACAAUCCGGAUAUUCACAGCAAGUUCCGCAACAACAAAAUCAAUAUUCCGGAUACAUGCAACCCGAUUAUUCGCAACAACAACAAGGACAACAAAAUCAACAGCAAAAUCGUAAGUUUUUUGAAAUUUUUGGGUAAAACAUGAAUAGCAAAGCUUAAAAAUCGUGAAAAUUAUGUUCAGAAAACUCAAAAAGCAAACCCAUUUUCAUCAAUAAUUUGAUAUUUUCUUGCAAAAAUAAAAAUUGUAGAAAAGUUAUUAAUUUUUGAAGAAAACCAUCUAAAAAUGAUCGAAAAUAUUUUAAAAGAACAGAAUUUCGAUAAAACUCCAACAAAACCUAUAAAAUGUUUCAGCCUACGGAUCAUCCUAACCUCAACAAUUCAUGUCAUAUAUUUUUCAAAUUUUACCGAUUUUUUAUCGAUUUUUUCAAUUUUUCUGAAAUCCCUCCCUAAAAAACUCACCAAUCGCUUCUAUUUCUCCAAUCAUACAAAAAGAAUCGAAAAUCCUUGAUAAAUCCUCAAUUCUCCAAGUUUUCCACGUUAUUGACAUUUUAAUCCAAUUGUUCAUCAAUAUUUCGAGCUGAAAAUCAGAAAAUUUGAAUGUUUCAUGUACCAUUCGAUUUCUGUUUCUAUAGAUUUCUGAGCAAAAAUGAAAAAGAAAGAAAAGUUGUUAAUUUUUUUAAAGAAAAUCAUCUAACAAUGAUCAAAAACCUUUGAUAAUAACAAAAUUUCGAUAAUACAAGAAAAAACUAUUAAAUAUUUCAGCCUACGGAUCAUUCCAACCUCAACAAUUCAUGUCUGACCCAAUGCUUUCGGCCGCCAAACAAUUCGGUGGACAAUUUGCCGAACAACAAAAAGAAAAACUCACCAAAUAUCUCGGAACCUUCAAUCUCAAAUACUAUUUCUCCGUAGACAAUGCAUACGUUGGCAAAAAAUUGGGCAUUCUCUUCUUCCCAUUUUUCCAUCGUGAUUGGAGUCUCAAAUUCAGCGGAUCUUCCGAACCUUAUCCAGCCAAAGAAGAUGUGAAUGCACCGGAUCUCUAUAUUCCUCUCAUGGCAUUUUUGACCUAUGUGUUGGUGUCGGGUUUUGUUUUAGGAACACAGGGACGGUUUUCGCCAGAGGUUUUGGGAAUAUUGACGAGUAACGCGUUCAUUUGGGUGAUUUUGGAGAACAUUGUGAUAUUUAUUAGUAAAUAUAUUAUGAAUAUUUCGGCGACGUUGAGUGUUUGGCAUAGUUUGGCGUAUAGUACCUAUAAGUUUACACAGUGAGUUUUUGGGGGAAAAUUUGGAAUAGUUAUACGCUCAUUUUAAAGAAAUAGACAACUUUUAAGCUAUACGGUUCAAAACAGGCCAAAAUUACGUUCUUCAUACAAUUUUUAACACAUCUGCAAAGAGAGAACUUUCAAAACCUUCUCUAAAACUUUUUUGGAGCAAAAGAAAAAAAUUUAAAAAAAAAACCCCUCGUUUGAAAAUAAAAAAAUGGCCGGGAAAGUGUGAGCGCAGUGUCACGCGGAGUCUCGUUGUUUUACUUUUUUUUCGUUUGUCGAAAAAAAAAUAGAUUUUGCAAAGAAUAACUAGCAGAUAUCAUUGAAAAUUAACAAAAACCUCACCAAAUAUAAGAAUCUGCUUGAAUUUUGAAUUCCCAUCGAAUAUCCUUCGGAAAUUGGAAAUCAGCGAUUUUUCCUGAAAAUGAACAUGAAAACUAUGAAAAGUUUAUGAAAACUCACAAAAAUAUCAACAAACAUGAUUUCUGAUGUGCUACGAUAGUCAAAAACCAACAUCCAUCACAAAAAUUAUUUUUUUCGCAAAAAAAGAAAAAAGUCUGCAAACACCACACAAAAGGUUGUCUAUUUCAUUAAAGUAAUUUUUGACUUUCAAAUUCAAAAUGUUCAACUUACCCUGAAAAUUUCACUAGUUUUUGAGAAAAUAUUCAGAAGUUCGUGAAAACGCCAAGAAUCGUUUUAUUUUCAAACCUCAUCACUCAAAAUUUUCCAGCAUGAUCGUCUGCCUGCUGAUGUUUAUGGUUGGAGACAAAACAUUCUACUAUUUCACACUUGCCUACUCAUCUUUAGCCUUGGUUUUGUUUUUGGUGAGUUUUUUUUCUUUUUCAAAAAUUGACCAAAUUUUCAUCGUCCCCUGAAAAAUGGCAAUAUUUCUAGCUCCGAACAGUCUCCCACUUUGUAUUCGACAAUUCUUCACAUUAUGGUGAUGACGGAGGUCGAAAACGAAAAUUGCUACUUUUGGGAUUUGUUGUCAUUACACAACCAUUGAUUAUGUGGUGGUUGACCAGGUAAUUUUUUCUUUUUCGGAAACAGAAAUUAGCUGAUCAAAAAUCGCACUAAACUAACACUUGUCCCAGCAAAUCUAACAAAAAAUUUGAGAAAAUAUCGAAAUUUUUGAGCCACGUGGCAAAAGAAAUUCAUAUUUUUACGAUUUUUCAUUCACAAACCACUAACAAAACAAAUCUUGUCCCAAAAAUUCAAAUUUUUCAAGAUCGUUCCAGGACCUAAAAAUUUGUUUUUUUCGCCAAAAUUAAAUUUUCAAGGCUUGGGGCGAUCUAAACUUACACUAACUUUGUCCAAUGUCCCAAAUAUUUUUCACAAAAUCUAUGUUCAGCACACAAAUCGCUUCAACGAAGCCUCGAAUGGUGGUGGGUCAAGAAUGGCUUGAUAGCAAUUUGUAGAACACGGUGUUUGUUUUUUCUAGGCUUUUGGUUUAGGCUUUAGGUUCAGACUCAAGUCUAAAUCAGGUCUAUUUUUCUAUGUGUAAUAUGAAUAUUUAUUAAUUUAUGUAUUAACAGUCAUAAAUGUGUCAAAUUUUCACGCUUUCUUAUUUUUUUUCUCCUCAAAUUCCCUUUCAAUUCGCCAAUUUUCUAGCGGUGUGAGUAGCUAUGAUUACGAUAAAUUCGGAUUGGCUCAAAUGGCACUCGGAAAAAUUGUUGGCUCGGGAACAGCGUCGAAAAGUGUGCCGAUGACAAUGGACGGAGAUAUUGAUUAUGAGGCGCUGCUGAAAAUGCCCAAAGGAACGUUUGAGGGAGAAAAUUAG